AGUGUUAGCAACCGCUGCGCGCGCCGGACUCUUAUUUUGGAGGACACUUCCGCCUUCUAGCAAGACUGAUACUGAACGAAGAACGAAGAGGUACGGUGCAUCAUUCCUGUGUUAAUAUUUCCCUGCUUUUCAGACGUCCUUGAAGAACAUCUUCCUGAGCAGCACAAGUGAACCUCACGGAUGGAGCAGGCAGAGGAGAACCUGCAGUACACCCACAUUAAAGGAAAAGAGCGGGAUCAAAAGCAACCCCACAUUAAAGAGGAGGAGCCACAUACUUCUUACAUUAUGGAGGAGGAGUCACAGACCCCUGAAAUUAAGGAAGAAAAUGAGUCACAGCCCUCCGUCACUUUACAGAAGAAGAGGAGUCAUAACUUUGUUCACAUUAAAGAGGAAGAGGAGGAACACAUCAUCAGUCAGGAGGGAGAGCAUAUUAAAGAAAUAGAGGAGGUUGAUAUCACCAAGAUGCCAUUGACUGGUGUGAUUAUGAAGAGUGAAGAUGAUGAGGUCAAAGAUGAAAAUGAGGAGAAGAGCGAGCCGGAGCCUCCAAGCAGCAGCUCAACUCAACACAUAACAGAAGCUGAUGGAGACCACUGUGGAGGAUCACAAGCAGACAAGCUUUUGGCUCCACUAUCAGAUAGUGAGGACACAACGUCACACUCUCCUGACACUGAUGAUGAAGACUCUAAAGCUGAUAAGACAUGUCACACUGACAACACACGCUUUAGAUGUUCUCACUGUGACAAAACUUUUAAUCACCGUGGUAGUUUGAAAAGACACAUGAGAAAUCACACAGGAGAAAAACCGUUUUCCUGCUCAGAAUGUGGUAAAGGUUUUGGACAAAAAAAUGUGCUGAAAGAACACAUGAAGAUACACACAGGAGAAAAACCUUUUUCUUGCUCAGUAUGUGCUAAAAGUUUUGUACAAAGUCACAAUUUGAAGGUACACAUGAGAAUACACACUGGAGAAAAACCUUUUUCCUGUUCAGUCUGCGGUAAAGAGUACGGACAAAGACAGAAUUUAAAAGAACACAUGAGAAUUCAUACUGGAGAUGAACCUUUUUUGUGCUCAGUGUGUGGUAAAGGUUCGGCAAGAAAAAGUAGUUUGAAACAACACAUGAGAAUACACACUGGAGAAAAGCCUUUUUCCUGCUCAGUAUGUGGUAGAGUUUUUGGCCAAAAAAAUGUGCUAAAUGAACACAUGAAAAUACACAGUGGAGAAAAACCUUUUUCUUGUUCGACCUGCGGUAAAUAUUUUGUACGAAGGCAUUAUUUAAAAAUACACAUGAGAACACACACCGGAGAAAAACCUUUUUCCUGCUCUGUAUGCGGUAGAGGUUUUGCACAAAAAAUAGCGUUGAAAGAACACAUGAAUACACACACUGGAGAAAAACCUUUUUCUUGUUCAAUCUGUGGUAAAGGUUUUAUACAAAGUCAGUAUUUGAAAGCACACCUGAGAACACACACAGGAGAGAAAGUGUUUAGUUGCAGUGUGUGUGAUGAAAGAUUCUCUUAUGAGUACCAGUGUAAGAAACACAAGUGCGCUGGUGAAAACAGCAAAAGCAAAUAAACUGUCAAAACAUUAACUUUUUGAAUUUUUUAACAUCAGCACAUAACGUCAUCAUUUGUGUGUGUGUAACACAAACUUGUUAAUAUGUUUGUUCCAUUCAUAUUUCAGAUGAGUGAUUAUGUUCAGCUAAGCACAUGCAUUGAUAUACAACAUUGUGUACUUUUGUUUCAAAAUGAACAGAACAAUUUGUAAAAGUUAGAGUAAAUAGCACAAAACAAAAAUGGGCGUAUAUGUAUUCAUUAUUCACUUUUAUAAUUAUUCAUAAUAGUGUUCUUUAAUGUAUGGUGUGUGUUCUAUUUUUCAUUUAUCACUGUAAAUGAACUCCUUUAAAUGGUAUACAUAUUUGUUUUACAUUUGUUCAUACCUUUGCUUUUGAGUACAUUUAAAUCCUUCUUAGUUCAUAUUUACUGAUUCACAUCCGAAACAUCUUGGCCACGUCAUUUGAGUAGUUGUGUUUUAUACGAGAUAAUUUACAUUUAAGGUGUCAGGCUUUAUGAAUCAUUUGUAAGGUUUAGAUACAUGAUUAUAUUAGCUUUAUGAGUAUCUUUUGUAAUAUGAAUAUUGUUUUUUGAAUGUUAUA